UUGUGGUAUGUCUCGUAUCUUUGGGAGUAUGAUAGCGAAGGAACAGAUUGCCGCAACAAGGCUGGCAGGUUUUGACGGCUGCUAAUCUUGAAAAAGUCUCAAGACAAGUCCUCGAACAAAAGAUUCGUCCUUCGGGUAUAUAUACGAUUGUUCAUACUUCAGCAACGAAAUUGCGCGACUAGAGUCUACCUGCUAAUCAGCCUUCUGGUUUAACCAGUCACGAUGAUGAAAAAUGACAAGAGGGAAUUUGAAGAUCUCAUGCCUUUUCCUGCUGAUGGGAAUGUGUACGUGCAUGUAAACAACGACGAUGAGGACUCUCAUGAGAGCAUGAAGCCUCCUGACGCAUGUCGGCGCAGUCUCGCGAAGGUCAAAACUGGAUGCAACAAUUGCAAAGCCAGACGAGUCAAAUGCGAUGAAACAAAGCCAGCUUGCAUGAAAUGUCAAAGGUCUGGACGUGUCUGCGAUAGAUAUCCAGCUUUGGACGAGCGAUGGAAGCCGGAAAACCAUAUGAUAGCCGUCUCAGCAUCCGGCAUGUCUGCAAACAACGAGCGUCACGAUACCAGUACACCUCCUCUGGCAAAUGAAAGAGACUAUAGAUUGGAAGACACAGUCCCUAGGUUGUCAUCCAUCAAGGAACAACUACCUGAGGAUGAUUCGGGGAGAGUGUCACAAAUGCUCAGUCCCGCCUUCCAGUUUCAUCAGACUCGUUGUCUGGAACGUUUGAGCAAUCUCAACCUGAGUCUCUUUUUCAAUUUUGUGACUCCACAGGGCCUACAAGUAAUAAAACACAUUCCCAUACAUUUCCACGCCAGGGCUCCGCUCCCGAAGGAUUUCAGCCUCAAACGUGUAGUCAUCCCGGAUGUAGCAAAAGAUCCAACGAUUUUUUUUCAACUCACAAGACAUGAAAAGUUACAUCUGUGCGCUGGAAUUUUUGGAGAGGAAGAUUACUCUACACAAUUCACAGUCGAACCUGCACCCGAUGAAUCUUCAAGACCCAGAAACUUAGGAUACACGAUCUUAAACAAAGCGACUGCUGAUCCCCUUGCAUCGGUCGACCAUGGCGUCCUCUCGGCCCAGGUACUGCAAGAUUUGAUCUCUUCUGAGAACAAUGGGAGUAAAUUAGAGACCAGUGAUUCAGCCAUUUCUCACUCAACCACAGCCAGGCACCCGAAAUGUUCAUAUUGUGAUUAUGAGCCAAGCAGACCCGAUCAGUGGAAGAUGGUCAACCUGACACGCCAUACCAGAGAAACACAUACUACAUAUCCUGACAGACUGCAUUGUCGGAUAAAUUACUGCAGAGCCACAUUUAGCAGAUCAGGCAAUCUCAAAGCUCACCAACAACAUUCCCAUGGUAUCUACCACGAUGUGACAAGACGCAGGCGGAGAAUUAUGGAAAAAGGCGGGAUCAAAAGCUCAAAAAAGGAUAACAAUAUUGUGAAAGAAGCAGUGAAUAUCGUCGCAGUUGAUGUCGUAGAUUCUAAAAACGAAGAACUUCAAGCCAUUCAGGCUCGAUCGCUGGAAUCUUUCGAAAGUGACAAACAGUAUACAGAGAAUCAUCGUGGUGAAGAAAUUUUCCCCCACAAAGAUCAUCCGUUACAUCAGUUGGGGCACCGUUAUUGCCAGGAGGCUGAGAUCCUCUCUGCUUCUACUUGGCCCCACGAUGAUCAGAUAAUUACCGAACAGUUGGGCAGACCAGGCUGCUCUGUCUCCGCAACUGACUUAGAAGUGCCAUCGAACUACGAAGCAAACUUCAACGAUAUGGAUUCAUCGGUAGCGAAUAUCAAUCAAAAUGAUUGGAUUGGGCUCAAGUCUACCCUCCCAAGAUCUGACUCAAUCACUCAAGACCUUCCCCAGGCAGCGAAAGAAGAGAUUUUAACUAUUAUCUGCACCGAUUCUGAACUUCAGUUGAGUCUGUCGAACAUUGCUUCCAAGAUUCCCAAACCACGAUUCGUUCGGAACAUUCGACGAUUGCUUCAGCUUUUUAUUCUUGAUCUCCGAGAGACUGUUACUGAUACUCGAGAAAAGGAUGCCGUUAAUAUCCUCGAACAGCAUGCACCAUGGUUUGCAGCCAGGCUUUUUGAUUUUUCAAAUCCUAAUAGAGACGCGGACUCACGUGCCAUGGCUUCAUAUCUAGACCAGCAAAUCGAUACAAAGUUGCUUCUUGAGCAGUACUUGGCAUCGAGUCUGGGAACUAAGCUUCUUGACGCUCAAAUAAGAGACGAAGCGGAGAAAAUAGAUACUGCUGCAAUGGAAGUACACGAUUUGAUCGAUAUUGAUUACUCGAACUUUCCAAAUGUAAAACGCAUCAAAAAGUUCAUCAGCGGGGGCUCGGCUUUUGAAGCCCUGCGCCUCAACACCUCUCAAUUUGCAAGAAAUGAGCUUCCAGGCCCUUCGUUGGGGAAUACAAGCGUCCAUAUUGAGCCAAAAAGCCCUUCACACCUCGAAACCAACCACUUCAGUAAUAUUCAACGAUUUAGAUGGAUCUUGGCAAAGCAAGCGAGAAUUGUAUUCGUUCUUCAGAGGUUUCUCAAACUCAUGAAAGCUCAGUCUAUUUUGCAUUCAUAUUUUGCUGUAGAUCAAGCAAAGCCCAAUAUCUUCGAAAUCGUAUCAAAUUCCUCCGAGAACAAUUCGUCGGAUGAAAAAUCAUCAAUCACUACUUCUGGUGAUAUCGAGUCUGACACAAACGACACAGACUACGAUUCCGGCGACCUUCCGGAUGAUGCAGAACUUUCUGCUUCAGCAGAAGAACAAAUAGCAAACCCAAAGGCCUACUUUGACAAAUUAAAAACCUUGGAACAGCAAAUUUUCAAUAAUUCAGGACUUUUUAUCCAUAAAACUGGCGAUUCUACUGGACCAGCCCAGAAUGAAGCUUUACUUUGCCUCACAGCAUCAGAGUACCACAAAACCCAGACUGAUUAUUAUCUGGAUAUCAUUAAACACUCAGACUCCGAGCUUCUUUUAGACCUUCUUGUAUGUCAUAACAGGGCCUAUAGGGCUGGCAAUAAUCUUACCGCACUUCAAGAGAAUGGUUAUUGUGCAAAAUAUAUCUCCUUGUUACAUACAAGAUCAGCAGAGGGCAGGGGUUGUAAGAAUAGUUCAGAUGGAGAUACAAAAUAUAUUAGAUUUAAUAAAAGUUUUCGAAAAGUUCGUGGGUAUAUUACUGGCCAAUUUCACUUCGAGAUGAUUUUACAACAUUUCCGCCGCGGAAGAGCUCGAUCGACUAAUAGAAGAAUCCGACGAUUCAAAUGCCUCGAGAUCUUGAAUAUAACGUCAAUCUCAACAUUGUCCGAUAUGGCUAGUCGGCUAUCACAUGGCUUUGUUUGGCAACUUACAACUCAGGUCAUCGAACUAGCAAUUUUAUCAUAUGCUGGCGCUCACAUUCAACCCUUUGAUACAGAGCUGGUGGAGAAGGAUUUGCCAUCAGUUCAUCUUCCACAGCGGUUCAAGUAUCAUGAUGAUGCUCUAAAUUGGCUUGGAGGUCUUUCUUGUAUCUCAAACUUGGGUGGAUGGGGUGUCAAAAUAUGCCGCCGACAGUUACAAUGUAUGGACAGGUUUUUAGGAGAAAAGCAGCCAUGGGUUUUCCAUCCCUUCAACUAUGGUUCUCCUGAUCACAAGAUAUGUUUGUUUCUAUCAUCAAGCAUCGAGGCUCUGACAGAUCUUUGGGGUCCGUCUUGGAAAAUUUUGAAAAGCUCCUUGACAAUUGAGAUCAAGCAAUAUGAUAUCGGGAAUGGUGCUAUAAUUCCAUGGACAACUCGAGCCGGCGUGAAUGACACCCAUGUGAUCCCUAUGAACUCAGAGGUCUUUUGCCACUGGAUACCAUUCAAGAGUUGGAACGAAAAAGAAGUUGAAGCAAACCAGGAAUCUUUACCUAGACAACACCUUUUGUCUUCCGACAUCUUAUUGAUUGGUGCACCUAACAAUUAUGGCCUUCUCGUCAAUGAAAAGUGUAUUCCAUCUCCCGAACGCGUCUUGCGUAUUAAAAGCCAAUCAUCGGAUCAACAAGCUCUUCGCUCACCUAAUACUUCUCGUGCUAGGCGAUAUGUCGAUUCACAUGCGAUACAGAGACAGGGCAGUGCCAUGGGACUUAUAUCUGGAGCAGGUCAAGUAACUUAUAAAUGGAGAAUUGGGCACACAAUGAAGGAUGCCUUAGUGGAGCGAUGGCGACAUGGUUUACGGAAUCCUCUUGAUCUUGAAGCUUACUCUGGGGUUGAGGUAUCUCUCUGUUCUCGCAAUGCUCGUCGUCGACGAUUGCUAAGCAUUCUCGCAUCCGAUACUAUGGUCAAUUAUCUUCAUGCGAUUUCUUUUGUAUGGAAUGAUGGAGUUUGCGAGUAUUCAUACUUCAAUGCAUUACGCUGCCCAAAGUCAUUUCGCAAAUUUUGGAAGGCACAUAAAGAUUGGCAGACAAAUAUUGGUGAUGCAGUUUCCAAGUGUUUGGAUGCACUAGAAGAGACAGGUAUUGAUGAGGAUAAUCAGGAAUCAAAGGGGGAUUCAGAUAGGGAGGAUGAUGACGAUUCUAUUGGACAGCCCGACUCGAUCAAAAACAAUUCUACUGGCGGCGGAAUUCAAUCACCAGUACAAGAUGAUAUUGCCACCGGACUUCCAACUCCACCAAAUAGUUUAGCUUCAGUGGAUUUGGACACUUGCAAAUUUUUCGAGGAAUGGGUCGUUACAUUAUUUCGAUCGGAACAUACAUGGACAGAAUUUAUAGAGGACUCUGAAGAAUCAUUAACUAUGGUAGUUGUUGCGAAGGAAUGUCUUGAUUUUCACGACCAAGAUGGAUUCGGACGCUGUUGUUCCCUUGCAGCGAAAAUCAAAGGAUAUCCUGUUCUACAAACCUCGCUACAAAUUAAUGAAUCACUACUUUCCAGCUGCUCUGCAAAGCUCAAGCAAGAAAAGAAUGCACACGAAUUAAAGAGGGGAACUAAAUUCUGUUUGGGUAAUCAUGGAACAUUCGAAGUUAUCUCUGGGUCUUCCGAUUUAUGCCCAACGGUAGUAGAGUGGAAAGGAGUAAAAGGAGGAAAAUGUGUCGGGGGGAUAUUGAAAGAGGUGAAAAAUGUAGGUGUCAACGAGAACUUGCUUGGAAAGAGCGUUGAGAAACAUCAUAAAGAGUUUAUGAAGGGAUGUUGGCAAGUCAAGCCACUGCCCGUUUUGGUUCUGAGUAAGAGUACAAAGGUUAGAUUUGGGAAAGAUCAGAAAUAUUCAGGUCUCAUUUUCGUUCCCUCUUGCUUUCCUUUUGCUCCCUUUUCCGAAUGCAAUGCUCCAUUGUUGAAGUAA